UUGGCUUAGUUACCACUCACUCAUGAUUUGACCGUGUGCCAUUGGCUGAAAGUCUGUGAUGUGGGCGGGACUAAUAUUCGUGGACGUGUCGGUUCCGACAGGAGAACUAAAGGAAGGAAAGGAUCUCUAAUCUAACGAUGGCUGCAGUCAGAAAGAAACUAGUGAUAGUUGGUGAUCCAGUAUGUGGCAAGACCUGCCUCCUCAUCAUGUUCAGCAAAGACCAGUUCCCUGAGGUUUUCGUGCCCACAGUGUUUGGAAACUAUGUGGUAGAUAUUGAGGUGGAUGGUAAACAGGUGGAGUUAGCUUUUUAUGACACAGCGGGUCACGCUGAUUAUCCCAUACUGAGGUCUCUGAACUACCCAGACACAGAUGUCAUCCUCAUGUGUUUCUCCAUCGACAGCCCAGAAAGUUUGGAGAAUAUUCCAGAGAAGUGGGCUCCUGAGAUCAAGCAAUUCUGUCCCAACGUGCCCAUUAUUCUAGUGGGAACAAAGAAAGACCUGCAAAAUGAUGAGGACACUCGCCGAGAGUUGGCCAAGAUGAAGCAGGAACCAGUGAAGUCUGACGAGGCGAGGGACAUGGCCAACCGGAUAAACGCCUUCGGGUACGUGGAGUGUUCAGCCAAGACGAUGGACGGAGUGAAGGAGGUGUUAGAGAUGGCCGCCAGGGCGGCGCUGCAGGAAAAGAAGGGAGGGAGCGUCUGCCUCCUGCUAUAGGGGUCAGAGGUCAGAGGUCAGAGGAGGAGGAGGAGGAGGAGGAGAAACAAACCAACAAACCAACAAACAGUUCAGCACCACUGAAUGGGUGUUAGAGGGACCAGCCAGAAAAGUUCAAAUGCAAUUAAAAAAUCUUGCUGCAUGGACAGAUAAUUUACCUUGACAAGAUUUCUUAAAUUAAGAUUAUUAAAUCUAGAAAUAAGCAUGUUGAACACUUAAAAUAAUAAAUUAACUCUUAAAACCAGAUAAAUUAAACCCGAGCAGAGUGACCUGAUGAUUAUUUGGUUCUUACCAAGAUAAAAAAAACUUUAUAUUUAGAAGUGUUAGAUCAUUUAUCUUGUUUUAAAGGAAAAGUCCACCGUUUUUUCAUAUUAAAACAUGUUAUUCGGGUAAGUAAGACGAGUUGAUACAGACCUCUUGCGUCUCAAUGCGUGCACUCAAUCGCCCUGGCGCGCGGAGCUACUUGGCUAGCACUUAGCUUAGCCCAGUUCAUUCAUUAGGAUCCAAACAGAUGGACAGUUAGAAGCCACCAAACUCCUCCACGUUUUCCCUAUUUAAAUACAGCUACACGAGUAGUUAAACGACCAAGUAUGGCAACACAAAAUAAAACGUGGUGCUUUUCGAAGCGGAUAAAAAGGAGAACUAUAAUGUAUGGCGGAAUAGCACUUGGGAGCACUUCGACUCGGCGCAGUAAUAUCAUCACUCCUGACGGAAGUGAGAGGGAGCGGAAGUGAUGAUAUUACUGCGCCGAGUCGAAGUGCUCCCAAGUGCUAUUCCACCAUACAUUAUAGUUCUCCUUUUUAUCCGCUUCGAAAAGCGCCACGUUUUAUUUUGUGUGGCCAUACUUGGUCGUUUAACUACUGGUGUAGCUGUAUUUAAAUAGGGAAAACGUGGAGGAGUUUGGUCGCUUCUAACUGUCCAUCUGUUUGGAUCCUAAUGAAUGAACUGGGCUAAGCUAAGUGCUAGCCAAGUAGCUCCGCGCGCCAGGGCGAUUGAGUGCACGCAUUGAGACGCAAGAGGUCUGUUUCAACUCGUCUUACUUACCCGAAUAACAUGUUUUAAUAUGAAAAAACGGUGGAGUGUUCCUUUAAUUAAAGCACUUACAUUAAUGCAUCAAUGCAAAUAAUCUAUUGAUAUAUUUAGAAUAUAUAAAACAAUCUAAGUGGGUCCAUUCUGCAUCAUGAAUACUUUUACUUGUCAUGCUGUCGGAAAUACUCAAACACUGAUUUUUUUGUUUUGUUUUAUUUACAGUACUGAUUUGUUUACUGUAAGAAUAAAAACAGUUAAACAUUUAGAUUUUUAAUGGUACUGUGUAUGGCAAUACGACACAGUAAACAAUGCUGUUAAUUUGAUAAUAAUUUUAUCAUUACUCUUAUAUAAAUACCUAGUAAUUGCAAGUAAUUACUCUAUACGCUAAAGAAAAUAAUGUUAAUUUAAUUAAGUUAAUUAUUUAAACAGCAUCUGUAUCUGACUAAUUCUGAUCAAAAUUAUGAUAAAAAUGGAAAAAUACAGUCGUCUACUUUACUUUUCAUACUGUCUACUGUGUUUUUUCUACAGUAAAGAUUUAACUACUGUGAUUUUUAUUGUAAAUUAUACAGCACUACACUGUAAAAAUCAAACACAGUGAUGAACUGUGAAUAAUAGUAAAUAACUGGAGAUUUCACAACGAUUAUUUACAGUGUAUACUUGAUGGACUUUUACUUCACUAAAUUGUUUUUGCAAACAAAUAAUAUGAAGAGCUUGUAAAAUAUGAUUAAAUAAAUGACCUAAUAAUAAAAACAACUGAUUGACAGCAAAUUAACUAUUGACUAUUUUGUUUAGUUUCGUUUUAGUCAUUUUUCAUGUAAAAACAUUGAAUGGAUCAAGCUUUAUGAAUGUAAAAAUGUGCUGCUUUUCCUUUUAAUGUUAAUGAUUGUUCUGUAUUAGUGAUGAUGUUAAGUUUGGACUAAUACUGAAGGUGUCUCUGGGUUACUGUGACAGCUUUUCUUUCUAUUUUCAUCAUUUUUAAAUACAAUCACUCAAUUAUUGGAGAAAAUAAUACUUACUUAAUAGUUCAAAAUGAGCUCCACUUCACCCAACUAC